AUGAAGAACAGUCGUCCACACUUUGAAGACGCCAACUCGCGUCUCAGCGAGGGCCAAUCUUCCAAUGCGGCCAACACACCCGAAGCUCAGCACAAUGACUCGCCUUCGGACGACCCGAAGAGCCUCACACGGGGCACUGGAAAGCGCAACCGUGUCCACUUUGCAUGCACCGAAUGCUAUCGUCGCAAGCAAAAGUGCAAUCGCGAAACACCAUGCCAGCACUGCAUAGCCCGAAAGAUCCCGGAGCGAUGCAAGACCUUCCAGCCGGGCGAAGAGACUAACGAUGUCGCUUCGAGGCUCCACCGCGUCGAGCGCAUCCUCGAAGACUAUCUGCCUCGGCUUGCGCAGCAGGUGCAGCAUCUCGCUUCUACUACCGCCUCUCCAGUUUCCCAACAGGCUUCGCAAAGCCGCACCGCCCGCAUCAGCCCUUCGUCGUCGAAAGCCCUAUGGUCUGAUGCGAGCCUGACAAAAUCUCCCGAAACUGUACCGAAUCGGCCUAAUGAGCCCGACGACGACGAUAUCGACGAGCUCGAGAAGGACGGACGCUACAGUCCCAAGACUGGCUUCUACAAUGGUGGAUCCAUGGACAUGCGUAUCAGCUCCAUCCUCGACGAUCUUCCUGGCAGUUCCACCAAGUCGACGCCGCUCAAUCUACCCAUUCGGACACUCGAGGGACCCUCGGACCUCGAUGUUGUCAUGCCCGAGUACGGCUGCCCUACAGCUCCCAGUCCCGAUCUGCUAGGUGCAUUCAGCACUCGUGCUCACUGUAGGAUUCUCAUCGACCAUUUCUUCAACGACAUCAACUGGAUGCGUCAGCCACUUCCACAGCAGAGCCUGCGCAAGUCGUUUGAAGCUUUCUGGAACUCCGGUCCUAACAUCAACGCCCAAAACAUCAACAUCUUUGCGCUUCUCUGCAACGUGUGCGCCAUUGCCAUGCUUUCGGUACAGCACCAACUCUUCCCAGAGGGCCCUCGUGAUCGGCUUAAGGCUGCCAGACGCUACCACUACGCAGGUCGCAGAGCUCUGCUUAUGAGCUCCAUCAUGGGUCGCGAAGACGUCGAUCAGAUCGUUGCCUGGCUCGCUUCUUGCCGCUUUCUCUUGCUCGACCGCCGCAUCGGAGAAGCGUACACCCUCGGAUCCUCAGCAGUACGUGCUGCUUUCAGCAUUGGUCUCCACCGUGACGGCACCAAACUCGGGCUCUCACCCGCCGAGACCGAGGCUCGAAGACGCGUCUGGGCCGCAGUCUAUUUCCUCGAUCGAGCGCUCGCCCUCAACACCGGCCGUCCGGCUGUCAUCGACGAUCGCGUCUGCGAUACGCAAGUGCCUAGCGGGGUCAUGGAUGAGGACAUCUUCCCAGCACCAAAGCAUCCGCCGAAGAUGCCCGAGGGGGUCGACCCCCCCACCGCAUACAGCUACACCGUCUUCCGCCAGCGCAUCGCCGAGCUCGAAGGUCGCAUUUUGGCAACGUUUCAAAACCUCCACCAGCCCGUCCAUGUGAGCGACGUCCUUGCCCUUGACAAGGACCUCCGCGAGCUUCAGGAUAAUUUGCCUUUCUACUUCCGUGCCCGCCUCACAAAAGAUGGCGUCGAGUGCGACAAGUCGCUCGACUCCAUCUACGGCUUUCUCAACGUACAUCGUUUCCUUCUUCACACCGAGAUCAACUCGGUUAGGAUCGCGCUUCAUCGACCCUACCUGCUUCGAUCCGGUGGCGCCAACGGUGCCAAGUUCUUGCCCUGCCGUGAAGCAAGUCUCAACGCCGCUCUACACGACCUCGAGAUGCGAAGCAACUUUGUGCAAAGCAUCAACAAAUUCAAGACCGGCGGCGAGCCACUCCUCCUCUAUCGCGUCCAGAUCGGCACGUACAAGUACUUUCACUCGCUGCUUGUCGUCGGCGUGGUUCUCCUCAUGGACCCCAGCGCAUCCGACGCGCCGAAACUCAAGGCGCAUCUCGCACACUACGUCAAGGAUUACCAAUCAAGGCCGGCGAACCAAAGGGACGAGAUGCGUGAUCGCGAAGUCAACGUCAUCGGCAUCUUUCUCUCGAGAAUUGAACAGGUAGAAAAAAUGGGAGAGGCUUCGAAAGGUGCCGCAACGUCAGGUCCUGCUGCUGCAAGAGGUGCGAAACGAUCCAGAUCUACAGAUAAGGGACGUCGUUUCGAUGCGAGCGAUAACGAAGGCAAGCAGCCCAAGCGCGGUCGAGAUGCUGCUACACAGCGUGGGGACGAGAAAUCCGACGCUCACCUCCUGCUGGGACUAGGUGCAAAUAGGUCGGACAAUGAUGGGGACAGUGGCACGGAAGCCGCAAAGCCGCGGCGGCCACAGCAGUCCUCGGUCCAGUCGGAAUCACCGCGCCAAGAUCCAGCUUCGGCCUCAACCUCGUCCAUUCGCAGCUUUGGCAACGCCACAGCAAACAAGUCGCGUCAGGACUCGGGCGACUGGACGCACAGCCCGCGUGGACCUGGCAGUGGCGUCGGCGGUGCAAGCUCUUCGGUCAGUCGCUCGGACAGCCCCUCGACCUCUUCGCUGCCCGCUGUGCUGGCCAAGGCACGCAACACAGGCGACUCACUUACCGAUACUUCGUCGACAUCGUCUUUGGCUCCAGCUCCGGCUGUCAACGGCGGCGGCGAGGAUGCGCAACAAUUCUUUGACGCGUGGUAUCAGGCUGAGUGGGCAGCAGCCACGAUGCCAUCCUACGAUGCGGUGUACAAGGGAGCGAGUAGCAUGGGAGGUGGCGCCGCAGGCGUCAGUUUGGGCCUCGACUCGCUCGGCAGCCUGGGCGGCGUCUUCGGCUCAACAGGCAAUGGCACCGGCAUUUCGGGCAUGCCGAUGGGUCAAGGCCUUGGCGGAGGCUUCAAUGGGCUCGGCGGUGCCUCUCUUGGUGGGUUUGCUCCGAACGUGUCCGGUGCAAGCGGACCUCAAUCGAGGCCGCUAGGUGAUCUCGCGCCGAGUGCAAUUGUAGGCGGCUGGACGUCGCAAGCUGGCCCGAUCGCCCCUAGCUAUGCACCAGCGGACCAGGCAACGGCUUCGUCGAACUCGCUCGCUCAUCUGAUCUCGAAUGCACAAUCGAUCCACAGCAACAGCGAUGGGAUGUGGCAGCAGCAACAGAGCAAUCCCGUGUCGGCAACACCGCACGGCCAGGCGACUCGAGAUAGGCCAAGUGCCAUGGCAGCGCCUUCGUUUGGCAAUUCUUCGAAUCUCGUCGCUUCAGGAGACGCAGCUGUCACCGGGGCCCACGCCCAAGGCUCGACGUUGCAGCAGCAGCAGCACAUGCUUGCGCUUGACGGACAGGGUCCACCUCUGGACUCGUCGCUUGUCUCAGGGUCCGGACCACAAAACUUUGAUCCGGCUUUCUGGCAGACUCUGAUCGACAAGAUCAUCACUUGA